AUGUCGGAUCCGCUAACCCUUCGACCAAAAGACUCAAUAGAGUCAUUAUACGUCUCCGAAUCUUCGACUGACGACGAGGGCUUAGACUUCAGGGGGGAGUCAGAGAAGACUGACGGCGCUUUUCUUACGGGUGUGCGAAGGGGACUCAAGAAGCUAGGAUCUGUUUCCGGUAGCCGUGGUCGACCUUUCAAUAUUCAAACAAGCAAAAGUUCUACGCCAGACCUCUAUCCACGCUCAGCAAGUACCGACCAAUUCUUGCUGUCGCAGAAUGAAAAGAAGUUGAGCGGUGCGAAUCUCGAAAAGCCUCUCCCAACCUUGCCCACGACACCUACAUCCCCUAUCAUCGAAGAUACUACAGGAGAUCCCCCUGACACACCAAAAGCUUUAGAGGGUAUGUCACGACCAGCUGCGACCGGUAGUCGAGCCAGCACGUUGGAUUCUUCGAGCGCUUUCCAACCCCAAUCCGGUGGAUUCAAGUCGGUCUCGGGUACAUACACGACGGAUAUGAACAAUAGUCAAACUAGUCUUGCUACUCCAGGCAGGCAAGAUGGAGGUGAAGGGGCAGAGGAGAAUCGAGAAAACGUUAUGACACCAAAGAGCAACGGGCCUCCGUCGGCAGCACCAUCUCCAGCACAACAACCUCGCCCUUCGGUCGCAAGCGUAGCUGGUACUUCUGGAGCAACGCCAUCGACGCAUUUGUCAGGACUUAUGUGCAACGUACAUCGAACUACUGGAAAGGAACCUCACCCAUUGGUUGGGGCUACAACUACAAUUUUGGGCGAUAAACUUUACGUAUUUGGCGGUCGAAUUUUAUCACGAACACGCCCUUCCCUAACAGCCGACUUAUAUGAACUUGAUUUAAUACAGCGACAUUGGACAAAGGUUGAGACUACUGGAGAUGUACCACCGCCAAGAUACUUUCACAGCGUAUGCGCGCUUGGCGAUACCAAACUGGUGUGCUAUGGGGGAAUGUCCCCAGCUCCACCACAGAACCAGGCUCAGAUGGCUGCCUCGGCGCAAAGUGGGCAGGAUUCCCAGCCGGAGGUAGUCGUAAUGUCUGACAUUUAUAUAUACGAUGCGCCAUCAAGAACAUGGAGUUUUAUACCGACGAACGAUACACCACAGGGGAGAUAUGCUCACUGCGCUACUGUUCUUCCUUCGUCAGCAGCAUUUGCAUCUGUGAAUGCCCCUUCUUCUGCCUUACAUCACAAUCCUCAAGGGCCAAAUCCUAAUCAAGGUAUUAUUGGGGUGAAUAUAGAUGGUACUGGCGGUGCCGAAAUGGUUGUUGUGGGUGGUCAAGACAGUGCAAAUCAUUAUAUCGAGCAAAUUAGCGUCUUUAAUCUACGAAGUCUCAAGUGGACUAGUACUCAACAGCUUGGAAAAAGUUGUGGGGCGUAUCGUAGUGUCGUGGCGCCUCUUCCAGGUCAUGUCUCUGCCAAAAUAGGCAAGGCUACACCUAAUAAACUAGAUCAUGGUGGCACUACUCCAGAUUCAAGAGAACCUGGGUCAUCAAUGCUGAUAUAUUCCAAUUACAACUUUUUGGAUGUUAAACUAGAGCUACAAGUUAGAGCAUCUGAUGGAACCUUGGCAGAAAAGCCUAUGCACGGGUCAUUUUCUCCUCCCGGGCUUCGAUUUCCAAAUGGUGGCGUUAUAGACACCAAUUUUGUUGUCAGCGGGACUUAUCUCACUUCUUCAAAACAGGAGUAUGCAUUAUGGGCUCUUGACUUACGGACUCUUACGUGGAGUCGCAUUGAUGCUGGCGGCAGUGUUUUUAGUCAAGGAAGCUGGAAUCGUGGUGUUCUGUGGAAUCGAAGGAAUACAUUUGUUAUACUUGGCAAUCGAAAACGAAGUCUUGUGGAAGAUUAUAAUCACAGACGCAUAAACUUUUCGAACGUCUGCAUGGUUGAGCUCGAGGCUUUUGGUUUGUAUGACAAUCCUCGGAAGGCAGCACCAAUGUCGGGUUUUGUUUCGGCCAGUUCACCUUUCGCAACCCCUUCAUUAAAUAUCAAUAGCAAAGCGGGAUGGAAUGCGGGCGGGCGCACACUUUCCAAAGCGGCAGAGGAACUAGGCCAAAGUGCCUUGGCUCUUAGAGAGUUGGCCGACAUGGACAUUCUUUGUGUUGGUGGCGAACGUAUACCAGUCAACUCUCGCAUUAUUGCAAGAAGAUGGGGGCCAUAUUUCGUUCAACUACUUCGCGAGGGCACAGCAACGCAAGACGGUAACGACACCGCCACCCUACGUCCAGAAGGCGUCUUUCGACAUAAUCAAAGCAGGAAUAGCAGUGUUACUAUCACACCUAGUCUCGGUGCACAAUCAUCAAAUCUCUCCACUACAUCAACAUUGAAUAGCUCUUCCAUAUCGGAUCCCGCCUCUUUGGCUCUUCCUCCCGACUCGACUGCUUUGCCACCUAAUUCUAGACCGCGGACACUUUACCUGCCUCAUACACAACUCACACUUCAAGCUCUACUUCAUUUCCUGUAUACAUCGUCUCUUCCACCAAACAAUUCUACACUCUGCACUCCACAGAUACUCUGUAGUCUAUUGCAAUUAGCACGUCCAUACAAGAUCGAUGGGCUACUGGAAGCUGUUGUGGAGAGGUUGCAUGGUGUUUUGGACAGUAGGAACGCUGCAGCAGUUUUCAAUGCUAGUGCAAUGGCUGCUGGGGGUGGUCGCUCUACUUCAACACCAUCAGAUAUAGCAGAUCCCUGGAGUCUCAACAGACUGUCAAAUGGAGCCGAGACCUUAAUGCAGCUUGGAUUGGAUAACGAAUUAGGAUAUCAAGGGCAGCAAUCUUUGCGAAUCAAUACCAGUGUAGGUAAUCUUGGAACUGGCCAAGGAGGCAGAAGACAGGACGACGAGGAAAGUAUGAGUGCGACAAGUAGUGCCGCAAGUGAUAUCAGCGGAAGCGACCUGAGUGGAAGCAUGAGUGCAUCAGAAUCUGGCAGGAUUGAAAGCGCAGGGGAAAUUUGGAGGGGCGAUAUUAGUGCAGUUAUUGGACUACAGAAGAGAGGUCUCCGGGGUUUGAUGGAAGGCAGAAGACUUCGCGAGAGAGGCACAAGUGCGAGCGUGAGCGGACCUUCGUCCCAAAGAGUAGGACUGGGGAUCGGAAACAAUUAA